CCUUCUUACAAAUCUCUCUUAUUUUUUCAUGUUAUAGAAAACUUCUCUAUGGCCACUGUCUUGCCUGAAACAACAUCAGCUUAUGCAGCCAGUUACAUCAUGGACAUUGAAUCGAUGUUCGAUCUCGACACGGUCCUCACCGGAGCCGAUGACUUCUACUACAACAAGACCGUUGUAGCCCCACCGCCUGUGGUGGUUGCCGAUUUGCCAACCGUGGCUGGCAAGGAUGUAUGUGCCGUAUGCAUAGAGGAUUUCUUGCCGGACGAAAGUGGUAAACAGAUCCCUUGCGGCCAUGUGUACCAUCAAUCUUGUUUAUCGUCUUGGCUCUCUGUUGGCGACUCUUGCCCUCUCUGCCGUCGUCAUAUCGCCUCCGAUGAGGAAAUGGAGGCACCUAAAACGGAAACAGUUGAUGGUACCAAUUUGGAACAGACUCAAUUGAUCAUAUCCUUAUACAACGAAGCCUAGAAAGACCUUGAAAUCAUAGCCAUCUCCUGUGUCAUCUACAAUCACAGAAACAAUAUUAAAUAUCAGCAAAGACAAAUCCCCUCUCUGUGGAAUGGUCCCCCCUUCCUAGAUUGGUUGUAUGUUGUAGCCAACUAUUUGAAUGUCUUGGCACUUCGAACAAUCCAGUAUAGGGGUCUCGUUGACCGCUGUUGGUAUAUUCAGAAAACAUUCUCUCUAAUAAUAUUGUUCUCCCUUUGGUCUGUGAACGUAACUAA